UGGCAGUAAUGGUAGACCGUCGCCGUCGCGGUGCAGCUGUUCGAUAAGAAAGAAGUCGAUCGGAGUGUUUUGAAAUAAACCACGCAUUUUGGUUGCUUGAAUUAAUUUACCACGUGAAUCAGUGAUUUUUCAAUGUUUAUUACCAAAAGGAAGUGUUGUUUUUGAAGUGGUAGUUUAAUUAUCUGAGGAUUUUGCGUCGCUCAGAGGCAAAGCAAAAUGGAUUUCAAAACAGCCGUUUUUAACGCAGCGAGAGAUGGGAAUUUAACGCGAUUGAAAGUGUACCUACACAGUUGGCGCUCCGCAGACGAGCUGAACAUGUUGGUGGGUGCGAAGGUGGGCGGCGCCACGCCGCUGGUGAUCGCCUGCAGGAACGGACACUACGACGUGGCCGAGUACCUCAUAGAGAGGUGCAAGGCCGACAUCGAACAACCCGGCUCAGUGACAUUCGACGGCGAGACGAUAGAGGGCGCCCCGCCGCUCUGGUGCGCGGCGGCCGCCGGCCAUCUCCCCCUCGUGCGCCUCCUAGUCCGCGCCGGCGCAUGCGUCAACUCCACCACGCGCACGCACAGCACGCCGCUGCGCGCCGCCUGCUUCGACGGACAUUAUGACAUCGUCAAGUUCCUAGUGGAGAGUGGGGCAGACAUAGAAAUAGCGAAUCGGCAUGGUCACACGUGCCUAAUGAUAGCGUGCUACAAGGGUCACAUCCGAAUCGCCAAGUACCUGCUAGCGCUGAACGCCGACGUCAAUAGGAAGAGUGUUAAAGGCAAUACUGCACUACACGACUGCGCGGAGAGCGGGUCGCUUCAUAUACUCAAGAUGCUGUUACAACACGGUGCUACCAUGGACGUUGACUCUUACGGUAUGACCCCACUACUAGCAGCCUCAGUAACCGGCCACACACACAUCGUAGAACACCUAAUUAAUGCAGAAAAUGGCCUGGUCACACGACAGCAAAGGAUCGACGCUUUGGAACUGUUGGGCGCCACAUAUGUUGACAAGAGACGGGACAUGGUCGGCGCACUUGCGUUGUGGAAGAGGGCGAUGGACGAUCGGUUCCCGUCGGAUGGCAGCCCUCCAAUUCCGAAGCCCAAAGACGUGCCCCGCAUCGAGGCGUACGAAUGGGCCGCGGAGCCCUGCGACGCCGCCGCCCUGAGAGAGUUAUUAGCUGACCCCGACGCCAUGAGGAUGCAGGCGUUAGUGCUUAGAGAAAGAAUAUUAGGGCCGGCGCACCCGGACACGUCGUACUACGUGCGCUACCGCGGCGCGGUGUACGCGGACGCGGGCCGCUUCGGCCGCUGCCGCGCGCUGUGGCACCACGCGCUCGACAUGCAGCGCGCCGUGCUGCCGCCGCUCAGCCCGCUCACGCAGUCCAGCCUCUACUCCUUCGCCGAGCUGUUCGCCUACAUGCGCGCCGAGCGCGCCCGCCCGCCCAACCGCGGUCGCAUCGUCCCACCCGUCACAUUCGAGGACAUCGACCCAGUAUUCAAGAAGGCUCUAUCAGAAAUCCACCGCGGCAUGGAGCUACUCAAGUCAAAGCUCAGCAUCGACAGAGAGCAGACCUUAACCACCCUACAGCGCGUCUUAGUAAUAUCACUGCACUUAGCAGCUUUACUGGCGAGGCUAUUGGAGGAACCGGAGUGUACUGAGGAAGAUUCUAGGGCCAUACAUCUAGCAGUUUAUUCGCUGGUCAAGCUGGAUAUCAAGGUGCGUGCCGGGCGGUCGGCGCUGCACGUGGCGUGCUCGGCGGAGGCGGCGCGCGCGCGCGGCGCGUGGCUGCCGGCGCCCGGCGACGCGGCGCCGUGCGCGGGCGCGCUGCUGCCGCUCAUGCUGCGCCUCGGCGCCGCGCCGCAGGCCCGCGACGCUCGCGGCGACACGCCGCUCCACCUCGUCUGCAAGCUCAACCCGUGUCCGCCCGACGUGGUCCGCUCGCUCCUCGAGCACGGCGCACACAUCGACACAGUGAACUACGAGGGCGAGACCCCCGCCGAGAUCCUCAAGGCCUCCAACCAGUCCCUCGCCGCCAUUGUCAACCCCCUCAAGUACACCACGCUCAAAUGCCUCGCCGCGCGCACCGUUAAAAACUACAAACUCCCCUACAGACACGUCGUGCCGCAGUGCUUACAUUCUACCAUUAUCAACCAUUGAGCUAACCAAAGCGGUGAGUAUCGGCUACUUUAGCGCGGCUCGAAUUCUGUACAUAUAGCAGUCUUUAAGCUGUAUUGACGGGAAGCGUAUGUUAGGCCUUUGUCUAGUGACGAUAAUUCGAUGUGUUAAACUCCUCUGAUAUGAUCUCGUGGCCGGUUAAGAACUCAAUUUGACCUUGAUGGUAUUGAAUAUCGAUGCAUCACAAACUUCCGAUGAAAUUGGUACCUAACAGAUUUUCAUUUAUGUUUGAAGAUUUUUAGUAAUUUCGAUAGCAUAAUUUGAGUUUCUAAUGUAUGCACGGUCGUACAGAGGUGUAUUAUUGAAUUGUUUUUUACACGACAUUUAUAUUGUGAUUUUAUUUGUAGUUAUGCGUAGAAUUUGUAGUGUGCCGGUGUCUAUAAAAGUAUACACUGUACAUGUUAUGUCUCUGAGGCUACUCGAUCCACUUCCAUAGCGGAGUCAUUUGCACCGAUUUAUCACUGUAUUUAAUAUAUCGAUUUGAAAAUUAUCAGAUCAAUAUUUAUGAUUUAUAUCUUCACAAUGCGGGUACAAGGUUCACAUUUUUUAAUUCAUAUUUUAUUUAUGUUAAUACAUUAUUGGUUCAAUGCAAUACUAGGGGAAUUAUAUGAAAUUACAUAACAUAUAAUAUAAAAUUGAUGUGAUUGAUAUUGUAAUAUUUUCAUCGUAAAUAAUAACUGUCGCCAUGGGUCGAUAUAUAGCUAAAAUAUAAUAUUGUAAGUACAGAUAUUAAUUAAUAUUAGCGUGGCAGAGAUGCAAAAAUUGUUUAAAAGAACCAUGGAAAUAUUUCUUUUGAACUCACAUUAUCAUUGAGUUGUGCUGAAAAGUUCAAGUUUUCUAAAGAAACGAUUAACAGUAACAGAAUAUGUGUAUUUUGAUUUUUGUAUUUGUUGAAUGUUAUGUGUAAAAAAAUUAUAAAGCUCAAUUUAAUUCUGGGUUGCUCAAAAUGCACCACAAUCGAGGCUACUUACGUGUGAAAAAAAUGCAAUAUUAUCUUGUCUUGCCAACGUAGAAAACCGUGUUUAUUUGAAUAUAUCUAUUAUAUUUUGGGAUAUAUUUGAAACAAUUUUGAAUGGACAAUUAUUAUGAUUAAUGUAAAAUGGAUAGACAACGUUUCAAUGUAUCGCAUCAAGUGCUUGCCACCAGGAAGCCAGCGGAACAGUUAGUUGCAAAAAUAUCUACGCUACUAACAUCUGACAACAACUCUAUUGCGCUGGUAAUAGAGUCUUGUGAGAAAAUACUUUUGCACCUGACUGUACGUUAUUUGUGUGCUUUUAUAUUUUACAAUGAUAAUUGUCAUAAAUAUCCAUGGUCCAUAUUUGUCCAUAUUUAGAUAAACUAAUUAUAAUAACGAGCGCUUGUAAACGUAUAUUUCUGUGUAAAUUUAAUUCCAAAUGGGGACUUAAAUAAGAGCUAUGUUAGAGAGAUACGCAUUUAAACUAGUGGUGUCGUGGCAGGCCACAACCACCGAGCGAGGACGCUUCAUUACUUUUUACGAAUUUACAUUUCAAUUGCCGUACAGUUUUACACUCUGGCGUAAUGUACGAAGGUGUCAUUUGCAUGGUCACUUCGACACUCAUACAGUCAGCAGCAGAAGUGCUAAGAGGGCGAGGUGUUCAAAUUGAUCUUGACGCGACUUUAUUGUGAAAAGAAUAAAUGCCCGAUUCGAACUUUAAUAUACGUCAAUAGAUCUAGAAACGAUAUGGAUCAGAUACGUCAGUGUCAAAUGUGACGUAUCUUCAAAUAAAAAAUGUCACUUUUGACACUGACACAUCUAAUCCAUAUCGUUUCUAGAUCUAUUAACUGACGUAUCUUAAAGUUAGAAUCGGGCAGGACAGCGUGUCAAGGUAAUUAUGACACAUCGGCCUCUUAAAUAGCAACUUCUGCUGCUGGCUGUAAUCGUAUUAGAUGUUGGCGGUUAAAAAUAUUUUUUCAGGCAAAAGGUACGAUAGUUGGGCAAUACUGGGGUUCAUACAAAUAUCAGUGAUUUGCAUUGCAUGUGAGGCUGAAUGGAAAUUGUUCGCUACUUAUAAAUAUUGAUUGUCAAUUGUUAGCUUUUGCUUUAGAUUAGAACUUCACAGCUGAUUGUUUGUAAAAUGUAAUGACUUUUUUCUCAGCCCACUGCCAAGAACCAUAAAUGCUUUAGGACUACACUCUCUCAAUGACGAUUAAAGAGAUAUCUCGGAGUCAGUUAGUAAUAUCACUGAACAUCAUUUGACACAAUAAUACAUUAUUAGCUUUAAAAUAGACACUCGUCAAAUCAAAUCAAACUCAGUGAGUAAUUUCAAAGAUAGAUUGAUUGAGUAAGAUGCGUAUAAUCUAAGACAAUUCAUGCUUCGAAUUUGACAGGUAAACGAGAUGGCGCUGUUCAGCUCCGUACAUUUUGCGAUAACUCUGAUUGUCAGAAGUUGACGUUUGACAAUUCAGUGACCGCAAAACGUAUGUCGCAGUACAGCGCCAUCUGUUAUGGAUGUCAUGAGGGGCACGUUUUUUUCUUAGACCACCUCUUUAUAACAAUCAAUUCUCUUUGCUAAUAUUUACCUAAACAAUUAUUAUCAGCUAGAAGUCAGCAAUCGCUUCUUUAAAAAAACUUGUCUCACUAUGAAAUUGACAUGGGAACUUGUUAGUUUUUGUCCAUAGAUUUCUAGUUUAGACACCGUGGUUGGUCUGACGAGUGUAUGGAAAGCCCUUAGAUAGAUCUCGGGCCAAGUGAUAAUUGCUUUUAGUUGAAGUUCUCAUUGUAAAUGACCGCCGUGCUUACCGUUCGCCAACAGGGAAAAGUACGCCACUCUCUUACAAAAAUGUUUUUAGACGAAUACUGUUUAUUAGGAAAUACUUCAAAGUUGGCUUACUUUUCUCUUGUUAUUUGGUACCGUCUCUUUCACAAGCAGUACGUUGGAAGAGUAGCGCGUCUGGUUGACUAGUCCUCCUAUUUUAAUUACAUUCAUAAACUAUACUCAUUUUUUUACAUAGUUAAUCAACGGAUCAUUAAAUUUGUAAACGCAUUGUAAAAACAAAUUAGUAUAAGUAGACGAUUAGAAAUUAAUAAUGUUGAAAUUGGUAAUGAUUAUAUUUAGAUGGGUCAGCCAUUGGAACUGAAUGUAGAUACAAAUGGAAUAUGAUAGUUACUUACGUGUUAGCGCAGUCCACUGUUAAUCGUAAUGCGCGUAUUUCUCAUAGUAUAUUUUGAACUUAGUAUACAUUGCGUGAUUACGUACUAGUUAUUUUUUGAUGAUAUUAAUAAAAAUGCUUUAAAAUAA